GUUGUGCCACAGUUUCCUUUUAUUGUUCUGCCUCAGUUCCCCUAAAUUGUCCUUCCUCAGUUCCCCUAAUUGUUCUGCCUCAAAUCCCCUGGUUACAACCCUUACCCCGCCUUCCUAACGAUUAGGACUGAUAUAAUCUAGAACUGGCUACUCUAAGGUUAUAAAUUGUAAAUGUUUAAUCUUAGAUAAUGGGGAGUUCAGACAUCCUGGUUCCUAAAUCCUAAAUUAUCAGAAUUUAUAUUCCUACCCCCAACCUGUCAAAACCGAAUUAAUGGUCCCUUCCUGGAAAUUCCCGCACUCACCAGUGUUUGGGCUCCACCCACUGGAGUUCCUUGCCCUUGCCUUUCUCUCCUCUGGUCACUUGGAGCCAUAUAUAAAUCACUGGAAUUUUGAGAUGAAAGUCCAAUUCAGCCCUGGAGGCAGAAUGGAUUCUGCUCUGCUUCCAGACCAUCCCUCUCAGAAACCCAAAUAAAAUAUUAAAAACUCUCUAAUCUCCACCUUGUCUCAGUUGCUCCAGCUUUACAAUGGUGGGGUCAGAAUCAGGAAGAACUGAGUUGUAAAGUGAUCUCAGACAUUUACCUAUGGCAAGUCACUUAACCUCUGCCUUAGUUUCCUCAACUCUAAAAUGGGGAUAAUAACUGCACCUACCUCCCACAGUUGUGAGGAUUAAACGAAACCACUUUUGUAAAGCACAGUGCCUGGAACAUAGUAGGAUUUGUAUAAAUGCAAGUUAUUAACUCAAGCUCUGUUUCCUACUGCUCCUUCUCCUGAUUCAGGCGGGCUGCAUUUUGGUGCUCUAUCCCAGUUCACCCUAUCUCCCUGGCGCCGCCUUUCAUUCCACGCAGGUCUCCGUCUUCCAGGUGGCUCCCCCAGUCCCUCUCUCAUAUUUGUCUUUCCAAAAACCACCCAGCAGCAGCCUUCUGUGGGGCCGGCUUUGGCCGUGCACUCGCCUCCCCCGGACCUUCGCGGGCUCUGGAAAUACUUUUACAGUUUUCUCUCCAGUCUAGAACAGUUCUCGGACGCCCGGGCCAGAACCCCGUACGGCGGGCUGCGCCCGCAGGGCAUGAUCCGGACUCGUAAGCGGAGGAGCCGGAGCUACGAAGUUUGUUCUGGGCUCUGGAGAGACUGGGAAGCGGAGAAGGCAGAAGCACCCCCUCCCAGAGCCGUCACCCAAAUUCCUCCCCCGCCCACCCUCGGAGAUGAUCUGCAAACUUUCAGUUUCGUUUCACCGAUGCUCCUUUCUUACUCCCUUCCUCACAGUCCAUUUCUCUAGUUAUUGCAGAGGCUACAACUUCAGCAUAUCUGAAAACUGAGAUUUGCCAAGAGAAAUAUUUGCUGUUUCUUCCUUCUGUGACACUUGCUCCAAAGCAGUUGCUUAGAAUUCAAAGUCAGGCCUCAUGGAACAGAAAAGUCUACAAAUUGCCAUUGACAGUGAUCACUUAAAAACCUUGAAAAGCUGUGAAUCUUUGUUCAAUGAUGUUAUCAAUAAGAAGUUUCAAUGUACCGCUAACCUGAAGAGUGCUAUGGAUUCUGCCAAGGUCUUCAGGACAAUGUUGUCUUCCCAGAUAGAGUUGUCUGUCUGGAAAGAUGAUCUCACUAAUCAUCCUGUGGAUGCUGUGGUGAAUGCUGCUAAUGAAAACCUUUGGCAUGGAGGAGGCUUAGCCUUGGCCUUGUUGAGGAAAGGAGGGCCUAUUGUUGCAAAGGAGAGUGAAAACAUAAUCAGAUUUCAGCAGAAAGUACCGGUUGGUAAUAUAGCUAUAACCAGUGGAGGCCAGCUUCCCUGUUCCAAGAUUAUCCAUGCUGUUGGACCACAGUGGAGUGUGAUACAUCGAGAAAAGUGUUGCAGUCAACUUAAAGAAGCCAUCGUAAAUAUUCUGGAAUAUGUAGUCAGUGGAUCUAAUGGUAUAAAGACAGUGGCAAUCCCUGCAAUAAGCUCUGGGAUUUUUGGUUUCCCUCUGAAUCUAUGUGUAGGAAUUAUUGUGGAUACCAUUAUGACCUUUUCUGGUUAUCAAAAAAGCAAGAUCUUAAAAGAAAUCCACCUUGUGAGCAAUGAGGAACCCACUGUGGCUGCAUUUAAAAGAAGCUGUGAGGAAUUUCUGGGUAAAAACACAUCAGCAUCCCCAUCUUUAGCUUCCAUUACCCUCAACAAUGUAAAACUCCAGAUUAUAGAGGGAUUCAUUGAGAAACAGCAGGUGGAUGCAAUUGUGAAUUCUGUAUCAUUUCAAAAUCCUUUUUCAUCUGGACAUAUAUCAAAAGCAAUUCUUGAACAAGCAGGCAUUAAAAUAGAGGAAGAUUUUCAAAAAUUGUCUAAAACACCUAAAAUUCAAGAGUUGGUAAUUGUCACAAAAGGAUUCAACUUAGCCUGUCAAUAUGUGUACCACGUAGCAUGGCCUCCUGUCAAGGAUGUAAAGAAGAUUCUCAAAGAUGCAAUGAUGAAGUGCUUGGAAAAAUCCUGUCAGCACAAUAUAAAUUCACUUUCCUUCCCUGCUCUUGGAACUGGGAACGUGAACAUCCCAAAAGAAAAAGCAGCUCAUAUUAUGCUGGAGGAAGUUUUACGAUUUUCUAAGGACUACCCACAAAAAAAACUACUUGUGAAUUUUGUGAUCUUUCCAAAUGACAGCAAAUUAUCUGAGAUUUUCAAAAGUGAGUUGGCCAAGAUGAAGACCAUGGGUAUGGGACAGAUGGCACCAAAAAUGAAUGAAGAAAGUAAUAAAAAGUUUGAAGUUCCACAGUGGUCCAGAGAAGGGCAAAAAGCAGCUGCACUUGAAGAAGCCAGACUACCUUUGAUUCACCUCACAGGAAACAAUGAGGAACAACUGGCUGCUGCUAAAAAGUGGAUUGCCAAGUUAUUGCAGACCCAGGAAUGCCGCUUUAUUGAAAACAAUCAUAUCUUCUACCUUGGCAAAGAGGAGCACGACCAGUUGUCUCAUAUGAAGGACUACUUUGAAGUCUCCAUCUCUGAGGAUAUCAGCCCUGGGAAGGCAACACUAGAGAUUAGGGGAAGAUUGAACAGUAUCAUUCCUAUGAUGCUGCAUAUUGAAAAUCUCCUGUGGGAUGUGCAGAUUAACUAUGCAAAGAAAAAGUUCAGUAGGCUAACAGAUCAACCAUUCUCUAUCCAACCAGAAGGAAAUUUGAUUAAGAAGCAUUUUGUCAAGGAUAAGAAACUUGAGGAAAAGAAGAAAGAGUUUGAAAAAGCAGGUUUGGAAGUGCAAAAGGUUGAAUCAGUCCAUAAUCUCUUCCUUUUGAAUGCCUUUAAAGAGAGGAAGAAGAAAAUUUGGAGUAAAAAAGCAAAUGGCAAUUUGAACCUCACACUAUACCAGGAAGUCCCACAUCAAUUCUGCAAUCUUGUAAGCAAAGCUGGAUUCCAAAGGAUAUAUUCCAUGCCUCUAGACUCCAAAUAUGGUUAUGGCAUCUACUUCAACAAGACCCUCAAAAACUUGGUAGACAAUCUCAGGCAGACCUCUGACUCUGACAACACGAUUUGUGUGUUUGAGGCUGAAGUGGCCACAGGUUCCUAUUGUGAGGGCAACCCAUCCUACAUUUCUCUUCCUUCACUGGCUUCAAGAACCAUGGAUACCUAUGACAGUGUUGUUGACAGUGUCAAGAACCCAGAGACUUUUGUUAUUUUUGACAGCACACAGGCUCUGCCAUUGUUUCUGUGGACCUGUGUGUUGAAAAAGAGUGGUUUCUCCCAAAGGGAGACCAAGAAUAAAGGCACCUCUGUCUAACAGUCAUGUCAUGUUUCUCCAAAUAAUGGCUUAAUUAAUUUUUAAAAUCUCCUAAACAACUCUCCUAAAAAUGGAUAAGAUAGAGCAUGGAAAUAGACCAGCCAUGUAUCAGUACCUCGGUGCCUUCAACUAUGCUUCAACCUCUUUUUUGUAGGCGUAAAAAAUCAUCAUAAAAUUUUCCUGGAAGAAAUAGAAAGGCUUUCUGAAAGAGAAACAAAAUUUUGAAAGAAAAUGUCUACUUUUUCUUUUUCUGAAUAAAAGCUAGGAUCUAUAUUGUGCUUUAAAGUUUGCAAAACACUUCACAAAUAUUAACUUAUUUGAUCCUUAAAACAACUCUGUAAGGGAGGUGCUAUUAUUUUCAGUUUCCUGUUCUAUAAAAUGGGGAUAGCAUUUAGUAUACCCUACUUCAUAGGUUGUUGUAAGGUUCAAAUGAGAUAAUUUAUAUGUAAAGUAACCUUUCAGCACUAAAAAAAUGCCAGCUGGUGUUAGCAGUGUUAUCACUGUUUAUUUUAGUUCAUUUAUUCAUUUACAAUAUAUGAUGAAAUUUCUCUAAUUUCAUUUUCAUUAUAUUGCUAUCAUUUGAGCAAGUUUUUUUUAUUGAAUAGUGCCUUUCUUCUCUAAUGUUUUGGUAUCUCAUAUAUCUCAAACACGAGUUUAUUAUAUGCCUUUUAUCAUAGUUCUAAGUUAUGUAAUGUAUAAUUUGAGAAUUUACAAUGCAAGUGUUACUUUGACUUUUUUCCUUUUUCAUAAUUCCCUCAUAUAACUCAUGCCUUGGACUUCUAUGAACAUUUUAUCACUUUCUCUGAUUCUGUAAAAUAGCUCAUUGGCAUUUUAAUAUUGCUAUCAAAUAAAAUUUAACAAAAAUUAA